GAAGAGAUACCGAAUCAGUGUACUUUGGCAGCAGCCUCAAGUUAGUUUUAGAGCUUCUUUACCAUAGUCGUAAAAUUUAGAGAGUUGUCAUUGCAGAGCGCUGCUGCCCAGAAUGACCGAAGCUGGACGGUGAGAAGCUGACGGUCGGGAUCCAUCAUUAAUAUGUCGUUUUAAAUCUCAGAGGAAGACUUAAUCAGGGGUUUUCUCUCUAGAGUUACAGCCAUGUCUCUGCUUUGUGUUAGAGUAAAGAAAGCUGUUCUCCAUGGACCUCCAGAUAAGUUUAAUGCUUAUGUCACACUGAAGGUCCAGAAUGUCAAAAGCACCACCAUCACUGUGCGUGGAGACCAGCCGUGCUGGGAGCAGGACUUCAUGUUUGAGAUCAGUCGGCUGGACCUGGGGCUCAUUGUGGAGGUGUGGAAUAAGGGACUCAUUUGGGACACCAUGCUGGGCACCUCCUUCAUUCCGCUGAAUGGGGUGCGCCAGUCAGAUGAGGAGGGGCCUGGCGACUGGACAUAUCUGGACGCAGAAGUCUUGAUGAAGGCAGAUGAGAUCUACGGCACCAAGAACCGAACGCCCCACAAAGUCCUGAUGGACACGCGCUUUGAGCUGCCUUUCGAGAUUCCUGAGGAUGAGGCUCGUUACUGGACAAGGGAACUGGACCAGAUCAACACCAUGGGCAUCCAUGAUGAGUAUCCGCUCCAUGAUGAUGGUCACAGCCAGACACUACCCUCCACGACAUCACAGUGCUGCAACUAUUUUGGAUGGGUCAACUCGCCGACUUUGGAUGAUUUGGACAGUGCUGUGGAUGACCGGGACAGUGACUACCGCAGCGAGACGAGCAACAGCCUGCCCCCGCGGUACCACACCACGGCCCAGCCCAACUCCUCUCUGCACCAGUACCCCAUGGGCCCACGGCACCAGCUGAACCAGCUGGACUCCUGCACGGACUCUGUGCACAGUCUGGAGCUGGACUACCGGGAACACCAUGUUAGCAGCCCAGUGGACAGCAGUCGCUUCGGCUCAUCUGGUAACCUAAGCCAAGGUAGCUCGCAGCUAAGUGAGACCGGUCAGGAGAGUGCUGUUGGAUCUGAACUGGAGGAGUCCCAUCAUUCCUACCACAGUGGCUACCGCCUCAACAGUAAUGGGCACUUGCCCACAAAUGGACACUCUCACUGGGGAGAGGAUGAUGGGAUGAAACCCCCUUCCCUGGUUGGUUCCCUCAAGAGAGACGUCAUCUCUCCACUGGAGAGGAAGUCUGAGAAAUCUCUUAAAUGUUUCCAGGAUGAAGGUCCUCCUCUGCCAUUCACCCCCUCCAGGCUCCGCUGGCUGAAGGCCGUCAACAAAGUGAGAGUUCAGCUUCAGGAGGGAGCUGUCCAAAGCUGCCCUGACGUGACUCCGCUAAACAGCGGCUUCGCGAACAGCGGCGUCCGGCAUCUGAGCAACAGUAAUGGACACGAUGACACAGAUGCCACGGGAAUCCCCCCAAACAAAAAUGGGACCCGGCUUCAGAAAAAAGAUCCAGAAGUUUUUAAAUGGUCCCGGGGAACAGCCCAUACACAACUCACAAUAUACCCCUAUGGAGCUGGAGGAGGAGGAGGAGGAGUGGAGGAGGACGUCACUUUAUGCAAGCCGAGACGUAGACCCACCAGCUAUCACUCAGGCAUGCGGUCUAUGCCCAAUGGCCACAGUCGUGUUUGUGCCUCCAGUAAGUCCUUCAUCGGAGAGGUGGAGCUAAAUCGGGAGGGAAAUGUCAGGAUACCAUGCACUAUCCAACACAAUGGGCCCAUGGCAGAUCAGCAGGGGUCAGGGGAGGAGAGCAGCUCGGACUAUGUUGACCAAGGAAAGACUGCGGAAGCCACUCUGAGCCCUAGAAGAAGAAGCACUGGAAGAGAGGAAGAGAUGGAAGAGAGGCUCAGGGCAACAACGCGAGAAGGGUCGAGCACUAUAGUCGAGCAUAUUCUGAAAGAGCUGCAGGGCAUCAAUAAAAUUCAGGAAGAAAUCUCCGACCUCAGGCAGUACCUGUCCUCUGUCAAGGGCUCUGUGGAUGAAGUGUCGUGUUGUGUUGACGCUGUGUUGACAGAGAUUGAGGAGAUGUACACAGGAAAUGCUUAUGGUCCCCACAUGUCUCCAAGAACAAUGGGACGUCAUGCAAGUCCCCGUAGACCGGUAGCCACCCUACCGAGGAGACACAGCAGCCCACCUGUUAACCAGUACACCUUCCCCAAGGAUAAGGAAAGAGCAAUAGAGAGAGCCUUGCAGCAGAAGAGAGAGGUUGUAGCGUCUUACCAAGGUGUGGCUGCCGCCACAAGGCAAUGGCCUGAACGAGCAUCCUCACCUCGCAGCUCAGGGUCUCCAGUUUCAGGAGGUCAUACAUCCCGGCUCCCUUACCUGGAUAGGCGGUACGCUGCAGACUUCCAGAGCACUAGCUCGCUAUCCUCCUGCCCCAGCUGCAGGGCUGCGAGACGGGAGGACCAAUAUCGCUCGAGGAGCGCAGGCCUGCCAGCCAGCGCGAGCGAAUAUGGUGCAUGGAGUGGCGAAGCCGGGUGGAGCGAAGAGGACGCCUGUUCCUGCCACUGUAGCCUGGAAGAGGGCGAGACUUGUCGAGGGUCAGACACCGGCGAUGGAUACACUGGUGCGGACACCAGCAGUACUCCGGGUCACUCGUCUCGGAGCAGCUCCGAGCACCUUUCCCUGCUCUUCGGACGGUACUACGACUCCGCGUCGAGCUCUUCAAGUGUAGUGGACUGGAAGGCGCCAAGGGCGCAAUCGUUGGCGGGCGUGGAGUGUGACUGCACCCCCAACUGCCCUUACUCCCGCAGCUCCGGGUACCACACUAUAGAUGCGUAUGCAGAUGAUCUUGGCAGCGGUCCCUCCAGGAGUCUCAGUCACUCCACGGUGGCACUGACCGACUACGAUGCACACUCGACCUGUGAGCGUUGCCUCUCAGCGGAGCGUCUGGACGCGGACUCUGCCGAGAGUACCGAGAGGGAGUGGCCCGAGCGGGUUCCGUGUCAGGAUGCCAGUGAGGAGGACUGGGGGAACACGCCGGAGGACCCCGAGAUCGAGAGCCCCAACGCGGAGUAUGAUGUGAAGAAGCUGGGGCACGCCAUGACGACCUUUAGAUCAGCCCUGCACGGAGCUAUGAAGGAACUCGACGCGCCCGACUCCCAUGGGUACCCUUAUGACGAGACCCUAUCAGACACUGCGUCAGUUGAUGGCUACCCUCAGAGAGCCCUCAGAGAGCCUCUUGAAGACAAGCAUGCUAUGCGAAGGGAGGGGAGAGGGCAUCCCAGAAAUGUCUUUGAUGUCUCCCCCUCGCUGCCUCAGCUGGACCAAGUCAGUGAAGCCUCCCUCAGGCUGGAUGACCACCAUAAUCAAGGGGUAUCAGAGGAUCAAGCUUAUGCCCAUCAAACACUCAGUGCCCCCGAGUCCCCUGUGAGCCCGGCCUACCCUCGCUGCGCCCAUAAAGGGAGCCUCUCCUUUGAACAGUCUCCCAGUAGGAGAGUUCGCCAUGGAGACCCACAGUCUUACACUCCGGAAUGUCCAUCAGAAGUCAACGCAGAGAGGGUGGGGCUGGACUCAGAGGGGGUGGAGCCUAAUCUGGAGAUGACAGAGGGAAGUCCGGACAGGGCUGUUUUUGCCCAGUCAAAGUGGCAGAGCAGCUUUAAGGAGGUUCUCAAGGAAAAAAAAGAAACCAGGCGUCGACUGUCAAGGACUGGACAAGAUUCCAAGUCCAUAUUUUCUGAUGAAGAAUCUUAUCUAGAGGGAAGUAAAGAAGACGUUCAGGGCCAUGAAAAUGGAGACAACUCCAAGCAAGCCUGGGUCAAAGCAGGGGGUGGCAGUGGACUGUUUGGGAUUGAUAGCAUGCCAGACCUGCGCAAGAAGAAGCACAUCCCUCUGGUCAGCGAUGUGUCCCUGGUGCAGGCCAGAAAGGCUGGGAUUGCCUCGGCCAUGGCCUCCCGCUCCUCCAUCAAGGACGAGGAACUGAAGACCCAUGUGUACAAGAAGACGCUGCAGGCUCUCAUCUACCCUAUCUCCUGCACCACGCCGCACAACUUUGAGGUGUGGACGGCCACCACGCCCACCUACUGCUACGAGUGCGAGGGCCUGCUCUGGGGCAUCGCCCGGCAGGGCAUGCGCUGCUCCGAGUGCGGCGUCAAGUGCCACGAGAAGUGCCAGGAGCUCCUUAACGCCGACUGCCUCCAGCGCGCUGCGGAGAAGAGUUCCAAGCACGGGGCCGAGGACCGCACCCAGAACAUCAUAAUGGCCAUGAAGGACCGCAUGAAGAUCCGAGAGAGGAACAAGCCGGAGAUCUUCGACAUGAUCCGCGACGUCUUUGUGGCCAGCAAGUCCCUCCACGGGCAGCAGAUGAAAAGCAUCAAGCAGAGUGUGCUGGACGGGACCUCCAAGUGGUCGGCCAAGAUCACCAUAACAGUUGUGUGUGCCCAGGGACUGCAGGCCAAAGACAAGACGGGCUCCAGUGACCCCUAUGUCACGGUGCAAGUGGGCAAGACCAAGAAGAGGACCAAGACCAUCUAUGGCAACCUCAACCCUGUCUGGGAAGAGAAGUACCACUUUGAGUGCCACAACUCGUCGGAUCGCAUCAAGGUGCGUGUGUGGGACGAGGACGAUGACAUCAAGUCCCGUGUGAAGCAACGCCUGAAGAGGGAGUCGGAUGACUUCCUGGGUCAGAGCAUCAUCGAAGUGCGCACCCUCAGCGGUGAGAUGGACGUGUGGUACAACCUGGAGAAAAGGACGGAUAAGUCAGCCGUGUCAGGGGCCAUAAGGCUUCAGAUCAGUGUGGAGAUCAAAGGAGAGGAGAAGGUGGCUCCAUACCAUGUCCAGUACACCUGUUUACAUGAGAAUCUCUUCCAUCACAUGACGGACGUCCUGGGACAGGGUGUGGUGAAAAUUCCGGAGGCCCGUGGCGACGACGCCUGGAAGGUUUACUUUGACGACGUGGCACAGGAGGUGGUGGACGAGUUCGCCAUGCGCUACGGCAUCGAGUCCAUUUACCAGGCCAUGACGCACUUUGCCUGUCUCUCCUCUAAGUACAUGUGUCCAGGAGUUCCUGCCGUCAUGAGCACCCUGCUGGCCAACAUCAACGCCUUCUACGCCCACACCACCGCCUCCACCAACGUCUCGGCCAGCGACCGCUUCUCCGCCUCCAACUUUGGGAAAGAUCGGUUUGUGAAACUUCUGGACCAGUUGCACAACUCCCUGCGCAUUGACCUCUCCACAUACCGGAAUAAUUUCCCAGCCAGCAGUAAGGACCGUCUGCAAGAUCUCAAAUCCACUGUGGACCUCCUGACCAGCAUCACCUUCUUCAGGAUGAAGGUGCAAGAGCUGCAGAGCCCCCCCAGGGCCAGUCAGGUGGUGCGUGACUGUGUUCGGGCGUGUCUUAACUCCACUUAUGAGUACAUCUUCAACAACUGCCAGGAGCUCUACAGCCGCCAGUACCCCCAAGAUAUGAACAAAGAGCUUCCACUGGAGGAACAGGGCCCGAGCAUCAAGAACCUGGACUUCUGGCCCAAACUCAUCACCCUCAUCGUGUCCAUCAUCGAGGAGGACAAGAACUCGUACACACCUGUUCUCAACCAGUUUCCGCAGGAGCUUAAUGUGGGGAAGCUGUGCGCUGAGGUCAUGUGGGUCCAGUUCUCCCAGGACAUGAAGUACGCCAUGGAGGAGCAUGAGAAGCAUCGCCAGUGCAAGAGCGCCGACUACAUGAACCUGCACUUUAAGGUCAAGUGGCUCUAUAAUGAGUAUGUGAAGGACUUGCCCACCUUCAAAGGGGUCGUGCCCGACUACCCAGGGUGGUUCCAGCAGUUUGUUCUGCAGUGGCUGGACGAGAACGAGGACGUCUCCAUGGAGUUCAUGCACGGAGCGCUGGAGAGGGACAAGAAGGAUGGGUUCCAGCAGAUGUCUGAGCAUGCUCUGUUCUCCUGCUCCGUGGUGGACAUCUUCACCCAGCUCAACCAGAGCUUCGAGAUCAUCAAGAAGCUCGAGUGCCCAGACCCCAAAGUCCUGGCCCUCUACAGCCGCCGAUUCGCCAAGACUAUUUCCAAAGUCCUGCUGCAGUACUGUGCCAUUUUGACCAAGAGCUUCCCAUCUUACUGUGACAAAGAGAAGAUACCCUGUGUUCUCAUGAAUAAUGUUCAGCAGCUUCGGAUUCAGCUGGAGAAGAUGUUUGAGUCUAUGGGAGCCAAACAGUUGGAUGUGGAAGCCAGUGAUCUUCUGAAUGAGCUGCAAGUCAAGCUGAACAAUGUGCUGGAUGAGUUGAGCACCAAAUUUGGAAACACGUUCCAGAACCGUAUAGAAGAGUGCAUGCGUCAGAUGGCUGGCCUCCUCUACCAGAUCAAAGGGCCGGUGAAUGCCAACAGCCGCAACACAGUAGAGGCUGACUCAGACAACACGCUUCGGCCGCUCAUGGACUUCCUGGACUUAAAGCUGACACUGUUUGCUGCAGCAUGUGAGAAGACGGUGUUGAAGAGAGUUCUGAAGGAGCUCUGGAGGAUCGUCAUGAACAGCCUUGAGAAGACCAUCGUCCUGCCUCAGGGCAGUGACACCUUUGGAACCCAGAUCCUCUCUGCAGCCAAAGAGCUCGGCCAGCUCUCCAAACUCAAGGAUCACAUGGUAUCUGGAGAGGCCAGAAGCCUCACACCCAAACAGUGCGCUGUUAUGGAUGUUGCCCUGGAGACCAUAAAGCAAUACUUCCAUGCGGGUGGGAACGGGCUGAAGAGAGCCUUCCUGGAGAAGAGCCCUGAGCUGUCCUCCCUUCGCCACGCCCUCUCUCUCUACACACAGACCACCGACGCACUCAUCAAAACCUUCGUCACCACACAACAUGCGCAGGGCUCAGGAGUGGACAAGCCAGUGGGUGAACUGUCCAUUCAAAUAGACCUGUUUACCCAUCCUGGAACAGGAGAACACAAAGUCACUGUCAAAGUCGUGGCUGCUAAUGACCUCCAGUGGCAGACCUCGGGCAUGUUCCGUCCGUUCGUGGAGGUCAGCAUGAUAGGCCCGCACCUGAGCGACAAGAAGCGCAAGUUCUCCACCAAGUCCAAGAACAACAGCUGGGCCCCCAAAUUCAACGAGACAUUCCACUUCAUUCUGGGUAACGAGGACGGGCCGGAGUGCUACGAGCUGCAGGUGUGCGUGAAGGACUACUGCUUCGGCCGUGCGGACAGCAUGGUGGGCAUGGCCGUCAUGCAGCUGCGGGACGUUGCCCACAGGGGCAGCUGCGCCUGCUGGUGCCCGCUGGGCUCGAGCGUCCACAUGGACGAGACGGGCCUCACCGUCCUGCGCAUCCUCUCCCAGCGCUCCAACGACGAGGUCGCCAAGGAGUUCGUCAAGCUGAAGUCGGAGACGCGGUCAGCAGAGGGGGAGGCCAGAUGAGAUGAGAUUGCUCAUGCCACGUGUGUGUGACUGUGUGUGUGUGGGGGGGGAGUUGUCAGGGAGAGGGUUAUGGGAGGGUGGGGGAGCGUAGGAAUUUACCAGGGAUUUUUAAAUCAGUACAAAACAGAUGUACUGUUCAAACAGUACCUUCUGAUUAGGAUCAUGAAUUCACAGCCAUCAGGUUUUCAGAGUGUGGAUACCUAUUAGAGACUUAGUUACUGCCAAUGGGAUACCCACUUGAGACCACCCUCAACCAGGGAGUAUCUCAAAAGGACAAGGACUUCUUCCUCAAACUCUGCCUCCCACACAAAAGGACAAUUUUAGUUUUAGGGGGUUUUUGUUUGUCUUUUUUGACGUGAUGGUUAUCCUCUGCCUUCCAAACUGACCACCAUAAUCUACUCGACUGUUUCUGGACUGAAGCUUGUGCAUCAGCUUCUUCUCGCCGAAUCCAUGACACCCAGCCUCCUCCAUCUCUCUUCGCUGUCCUCCUCUCUCACGUGCUCAUUAUGUUCUCCUGUUUUGAUGGAUAGUGUAUUACCACUGUAGAUGGGUCUGCCACAUUGUGUAGCGCACGUCCGUUUCCAGUCGUACUCUGCACCAGUAGAGCAUACAGCGUCACAUGGUCCUUGUGCAAUAUCACUCCCAAAUCGUGGCCAAGUGCUUUGAUGCCUUAUUACUUUGGAUGCUACUACGACUGGCUCCAACACACUGGACUUGAGCGGGAUCUUGAAUGUAGUUUUCACAUCGCCCUUGUUUUGAUAAACCGUUGAUGUAAAUUAGUACAUGGUCCUCCCAUACCAAGUCACAUUUUCACACAAACCUGGCCUGUAUUUGAGAAUGAGAACAUUGGAAGCAGUUAAGUAGUCAUCAGGUGUGUCUGUGUUUGUGUGUGUACAUUGGAAUCCCCUUACCUUCAGCAAAUUCCUUGUUUGAAGCCGUGGUUAGCUAUCAGUGUGCCUUUUCCUACCACAGUGGUCUGUUACUGUGCUACGUUUCCAACACGCAAUAAGGGGGGUGGGCAAUGGGGCUAAGGAUCAUUGUUUAAAUUCAAAGAAACACCUUUCUCUGAAUGAAGACUGCAAGACCAGUGUAUCUUUCUGAAUGUUACAUUGAUGAUUGAGGUUGUAACAUACAUUUAACGAAUUGUAAAAAAACAUACACACAUACAUCACAACAUAAAUAUUAAGUUCUGUAAUGGUGGCCAAAAAUGGGUGUAAUAUCUUUAAAAGUUAUUUAUUGUUUAUUUAUAUAUUUAUUCUGUUGUUAACCUUGUAGUUUCAACACAUAACAGGACUGGUAAGUUUGUUGACACUGUUCUUUGUUGUGUUGGGUGACCCAAGUUGAAUUUUGCACUCAGUGACCAAUGGAAAGGAGUCAAACAUUAUAGCCAGCUUCGAGACCUGAACAUCAACCCAGAACUGUCCUCCUGAUAGAUAAUAAUCUGAGCUGUUUUAAUGUCACUGAGCAGUUGAAGUACAAGGUUUACAGAAGAGCCAACUCUUGUCUAUCUCUAUAUGCGGCCUUAUUUCAGUGAAUAUGGAGUGUGCGUAUGUACAUUAUUUUAUUGUUUCCUUUUUCAUGUAGUGUUUUUUCUGACAAUUUGAAAUGUAAUUUUACCUAAUGUGCAGAUUAUCGUACUAAUGUUUAUUUUCCCCUUGAUCAUGUUUUGUAUGUUACCAUGUUGUUAUUUUUAUUUCAUUCUUCUCAUUGGAAUGAUGCUGACUUUACUUUUUGAAAAUUGUCUUUUAUGUUUUCUUACUGUUUUGGUGUUGGCUCCAAGCCACUGUGUUCUCUGAGGUCCUCACUGAGGCACUCAGUAAUGACAAACUUUUGAUAUAUUUUGUUCAUUAAAACAAUCACAAACGUAUGGAUCCAAACUGAGACAGCAGAGACCAUCAGUUACACCACUGAAGUAAAAUAGUAUUUCCACUGUUAUUCUCUGAUAUUGAAACUGCCUGUUUUUGAAAUGAAUACACAUCUUUUGCCAACCAUCGGAAUCUAGGUGUACUAUGUAUAUAUCCAACCAUACUGCACAACUUCUGGUGAAAUAUCACAUCCACGGUGUACAGUAUGUGAUUUUUGUGGCCAUUGAUAUUGUGGAGUUUGGUUUUGUUUUUCAUCUUGAUUUUUGUGGAGGGAGGUGCAACUCCAUGUUACAUAGAUGUUCCUCGUGCCAAGCUGCACCACCUUUCACUUUUUACUGUGUCUGUUUCAGUUUGUUUUUUAAAUGUUCUUUUUAAAAAAGAAAGGAACAAGUGAAUCUUGCACUUUUGUUCAUCUUUACAAUAACUACAAAGAGAGCAUGCAUUGCAUUAAGUCACAAUAAAAUGAUUUUAUUUCCUUCUUUGUCCAAUGGCAGGAAAGGAUAUAUUGUAUGAAUUGAGAAACAUAUGUACAUUCCAAGUGAUGCAUUUUGUACAUACAUAAAGUAUUUAAAAACA